AUGGAUGGAAAUAUGGAUGCUCGUGAGUUUUCUCAGUUUCAGCUUUCUGGCAACUCCGCUACUGAUCUGGGGCUUACACUCUCCCCCGGAUCGCCUCAGCUGUCAAACUUUCAAGCUAGCCAGCAGGUCAAUGCCUUUGAUCCCAACUUCGAUUUCGACGUUGCCAUUGACCUUGCGGCUCUUGGGAACACCGACUGGGCCUUCGAUGGCUUUCAGGGCCCCAAGAAGCGCGGCAGCGACGUCGCCUUUCCUGCCAACUCGGCCCCUUCUGCCCUGAAGAAGCAGCACGUCGAAAUCGACCAGCAGCAGACUACGAACACUUCUUGUGAUCUCAACAACAUCGAUGCUCUUUUCUGCGAGCCUACGGCCCUUGGUGGUGACUCCGCCCACUCUGCUGCUUCUGUUCAUGACGCGACCGCCAAUCCCAUCGCUCGCAACAACAGCCUCCCGACCACUCCUCUCGGGAGCCAGACUUCGCAGCUUGCGACCAUGCCCAACAAUACGUUUGGUCCUCCUGACAGCAACGUUUCAUCCCAUGCGCUGCAGACGUUUUCCUACCCUACUGCCCCUGCGAGCUGCAAGGCCAAAAACAAGUUUGCCGUUGGCCAGCAGGACAUCAUGAACAACCACGCCGGCGAGGUGAUCCGCCGCGCAGGCCUGAAGGCCAACCAUGCUACGCCGUACACAAGCACUGGCUACUUUCCUUCGGCUCCCGCUCAACACCCCAGGGUCAUUGCAGUCAACCCGGGAAACCUGCACGGUCACCUCCUGAACCUCAAUCGCCGACUGGGCGAAAUCACAUCGGAGCGUGACAUGUACAAGAAGACUUUGCAGAAGUUCAUGGCCCUCGACGAAGGCACUGGGCAGCCCGCGCACAAGGUCCUUGAGGGACACCUUGCUACCGCUCGCCGCACUCUUUCGACCACUCAGCGCAAGCUCAGGGAGAAGAAUGAAGAACUUGAGCAAUCCAAGAAGCAGUACGAGGCGCUGGGGCUGAAAUUCAACGAACUGCUUACCGACUUCCACCGUCUGCUCAACCAUGUCCGCCAGAUCACCCCCGAGUCUCAGCCGGGUGACCAUCAACCCAUGCGCGGAAUGGGCAACGCGCAGCUUCCCGCCACGAUUUCGGUGUCCUCGACUCAAGCUUCCCCGACUGCUGAGAGCCCCCCUCCCUCGAUCUGUGUGCAGAUGUCCGCCGCCCCCGUUUCGAAUGGAGCCGGCAUUUUUCCGUCAUUGUCCGGCAAUCAUCAGACAGGCCGCGCCCAGCAGACCCCGGCUCACACACCCGCUACUCCCGUUACCCCCCAGGCCACUGCCCUCGUUGACUUGACCAGCGACUCUGACGAGAGUCCCGUGAGUGCUUUGAUGACCCAGUCCCCAGCCUCGGCCCUAGCCCCAGCCCCGGCCCCUGUUAACAAGAUUGCUGAAUUCCGCCGGUCGUUCAGAAACAAGGACUUCAAGUGGUUGCACCAGCAGGAGUCCACCUCGGAGACGAUUAUCCGCGAUACGAACAAGAAGAACAAGACGGCUGAGCCGAAGAACGCCAUCGCCGCGCUUAACGACGACGACAUGGACAUCGGCACCCAGUACACCCUUAAUCAUACACAGAAGGUGAUUCGCAAGGAACUCGGCAGCCCGUUCUGGUCGUCCGAAGAUGAGGCCAUUGCCACCCGUACUACUUCCUCCAAGAGCCCUUCUUCCAAGACAGCCAGUUCCCCCGCGGCUCCCAAUGCCACCGUCGCCAAUCCCACUGUGCACUCCCGGUUUGUCAACACUUCUUCCCAGCCUGGUCCCAAUGCCACGGAGGCUUCCCCCAUUUCCAUCCAGGCUAAUACUUACCCCAAGGAUACCUAUGUUGCUACGAACGAUGUUGAUUGCGGUGCUAAGGUCCAUCUGUCCGAUGAGGAGAUUUGCCGUCUGCUCGAGGAGGAGAUGAGGCGCGAAGACUGA